UCCCCGUGGCGCGAUGACAUUCGUGUCGCGCCAAAUCGGUUCUUGGUUUGAACAUUUCCUCGCCUGUUGCCUAUCCUAUUCGAAAUUUACGACUCCAGAGAGACCAGAGGAAAGCUGAAAAAAUUUCAAGUUGAGAAUGUCGUUAUCGCUCUUUAAGAUUUAGGGAUCAACAUUCAACAAGUCAAAACUGGGAGUAUGACAACGUGAAGGAGCUCGGACGAUGGUCAGGGAUCAGGCGGGAUGGCGAGCAGAACGGCCAAGGUGCUCGCCGUCGCGGUGGCCAGCACGGUGCUCGUGGCGGCCGAGGUCGCCCUCUACCUCUGCCUGCGCCUCUCCAGGCCCUUCUACCUCUCCACGGCCGCCGUCCUGGCCGCGACGGUCCUGACGCUUCUCCUCCUGCUCCACUGCACGGCGGGGCGGGCGGACCGCAUGGCGGCGCGCCGGGCGCUGAACGACGGCGAGGAGCUGCGCGUGGAGUACAGCUACUUCCGCAAGGUGGCCGGGCUGCCGCGCAAGUUCUCGCUGCACGCGCUGGCGGCGGCCACGGACGACUUCCGGUGCGUGGCCGGGCGGGGCGCCUCGGGCACGGUCUUCCGCGGCGUCCUCGACGACGGCACCCCCGUGGCCGUCAAGCGGAUCGCCGACGACCGCCCCGGCGCCGCCGGACGCGCCGACAAGGAGUUCCGGGCGGAGGUGGCCGCCAUCGCCGGCGCGCAGCACGUCAACCUGGCCCGCCUCCUCGGCUUCUGCCUCGGCUCCCCGCGCUUCCUCGUCUACGAGUACAUGGACCACGGCUCCCUCGACCGCUGGAUCUUCCCUUCCCCCGGCGACGCCGACGCCGACGCCCGCCCGCGCGGCUGCCUGCCGUGGCCGCGCCGCUACCAGGUCGCCGUCGACGUGGCCAAGGCGCUCGCAUACCUGCACCACGACUGCCGCUCCAAGGUGCUGCACCUGGACGUCAAGCCGGAGAACAUCCUCCUCGACGACGGCUUCCGGGGCGUCCUCUCCGACUUCGGCCUCUCCAAGCUCGCCGGCAAGGACCAGAGCCGGGUGGUCACGGCGGUGCGCGGCACCGCGGGCUACCUGGCGCCCGAGUGGCUCCUGGGCGCCGGCGUCACGGAGAAGUCCGACGUCUACAGCUACGGGAUGGUGCUGCUUGAGCUGGUCGCCGGCCGCCGCUGCGUGCGGCCCGAGGAGGACGGCGGGUGGUCGUACCUGCCCAAGAUCGCCGCCGAGAUGACCCGGGCGGGGCGCGUGAUGGAGGUCGUCGACCGGAGGCUCGUCGGCGCCGACGUCGGGGAACCGGAGAAGGCGGCGGUGCGGCGCGCGGUGCACGUGGCGCUGUGGUGCGCGCAGGAGAAGGCCGGGGCGCGGCCGAGCAUGGCGCGCGUGCUGGAGAUGCUGGAGGGGAGGCUCGCCGGGGAGGUGGAGGCGCCGCCGCCGUCGGACACGAUCAUGGAGGACCUGCUGGCGCUCGGCCACGCCCGCGCGCGCGGCGGCGGGCCGUUCCGGCUGCCGUCGGCGGGCCCGGCCGGGAGGGCCGCCUCGUCGGCGUCGGUGCUCAGCAAAUACGACUCGUUCGCCAUGUCCUACCUGUCAGGGAGAUAGCGCUCCUCGUCUGCACAGUCGAGUCAGCUCUUCGCCUUAACUGCAUUUGUGGGUUGGUUGUGCUGACGUGGCAUGAGGUUCGACUGUGAUUAGUCAAUUGGCUCGGCACCGCGGUGGCGGUCCACUUGUCACUUGUGAAGGAAAAUUGGUAGGCAUUGCCACAUGGCAUGCUGCGUUGUACUGAAGCGAUGACUAUGGAACCUCGGGAGCUGGGAGGAUGAGACAAGAGGGCGAAAAACAAACGAUGACUAUUGAACCUCGGGAGCCGGGAGGAUGAGACAAGAGGGCGAAAAACAAAAUUAGGGUUAGGGUGGGCGAUGAGGAGGCGGACGUCGGUGAGGGGAGGGUAGUCGAUGGCACAAUUUCGGUUAGCAUGCCGGUUUGAUUGUGCCAUUUUCACGCACCUAGUUUUCUAAAGGUUGGACACAAGGUAAUUUAUAAUUUGCUACAAAUCGAUUACUAAAUGUUUGUUGAAAUUGGCCUAAUCUUUGUAAGGGUUGUUUGUUUUAAACACUGGUCUUUGAAUCCCUA